AUGUCUGCUCGCGGAUCUCAAUCUGGUUCCAGGCCUUCUAGCUCAGGCGGGCGUGUGCCGUCGUCGGACAUUAGCAGCCUCGAGUUCGUCGCAGGCACCCUGCCAGACAGUCUGCCUGAGCCAUACAGGAGCCACGUCAAGGACAAGUCAUUCAAGAAGACUGUCAAGGGCUGGAGCGACAAGAUCAAGAAGGCCAAGAUCAAGGGACAGCCUCACCAGUCGUCCACUGCUCCAGAGCAAGGAGUGGUGACCUCUAUCCAGCUGCUGAACGCGGCCGGGAAGAAGGUCGUCGACACAGUUCACGUGCUUUACGAUGGAACUCUGGAGAGGGCCAAGGCCUACUACAAGAACAAGAAGUAG